CGGAAGUUAGAUGUCGGGAGCCACGCUGUGGACCGGCUUAUCUGAGUUUCCAGCGGUUUGCUUCUGACUACCAACCGGGUCUGACCCUUGGGUGGUGCGUUCUUACUCAGGUCCAGGUCUGCUACCCGGCUCUCUCCCAAGUGAGGGGCUGUUUACGUGCGCGCCGUUAGGUGGGACCAGACAGUGCAGUCACCUGCCAGCAGAGGGCGUUUAUACGCUAGAGUGGAUCAAAGUGACCACGGUGUGGCCAUGGGUACAGCACUUGUGUACCACGAGGAUAUGACAGCCACCCGGCUGCUCUGGGAUGACCCCGAGUGCGAAAUUGAGUGUCCAGAGCGCCUGACUGCAGCCCUGGACGGCCUGCGGCAGCGUGGCCUGCAACAAAGGUGCCUAUGUUUGACAGCUUGUGAGGCAUCAGAGGAAGAGUUGGGCUUGGUGCACAGCCCAGAAUAUGUAGCCCUGGUGCGGAGGACCCAGACCCUGGACAAGGAGGAGCUCCAGGCACUGUCUAAGCAGUUUGAUGCUGUCUACUUCCACCCGGUGCGAGCCAGCGUACACACCCAGAUUGAUGUCCACAUGCCUAUGUGUAUCCAUACCCAUGUUUGCCCAUCUGCCCAUGUCUUCUUGUUCAUGCUUGUGACCAUACCCUGGCAUGUUUUGCUUGCCAUUGUCCUAGCCCUGUCUUGUUCGGUAGUGGGAGGCCUGCAAUUUGGGACAAGUAGGUCAGGCUGCAGGCUAAAUUGCACUCUGGCCCCACAGAACACUUUUCACUGUGCCAGGCUAGCUGUGGGGGCUGCACUGCAGCUGGUGGAUGCUGUGCUAACAGGAGCUGUGCACAAUGGGCUUGCUCUGGUGAGGCCUCCAGGGCACCACAGUCAGAAGGAGGCUGCCAAUGGAUUCUGUGUGUUCAACAAUGUGGCUAUAGCAGCCAAACAUGCCAAGCAGAAAUAUGGGCUGCAGAGGAUUCUUAUUGUCGACUGGGAUAUCCACCAUGGCCAAGGCAUCCAGUACAUCUUUGAUGAUGACCCCAGUGUCCUUUACUUCUCCUGGCACCGCUAUGAGCAUGGGCGCUUCUGGCCAUUCCUUCAAGAGUCCGAUGCACAUGUGGUCGGGCAAGGGCAGGGCCAAGGCUUCACCGUCAAUUUGCCCUGGAAUCAGGUUGGGAUGGGGAAUGCUGACUAUUUGGCUGCCUUCCUGCAUGUGCUGCUCCCGUUGGCCUUUGAGUUUGACCCUGAGCUGGUGCUGGUCUCAGCAGGAUUUGACUCUGCCAUCGGGGACCCUGAGGGGCGGAUGCGAGCCACACCCGAGUGCUUUGCCCACCUCACACAGCUGCUGCAGGUGCUGGCUGGUGGCCGGAUUUGUGCUGUGCUAGAGGGUGGAUACUACCUGGAAUCCCUAGCACAGUCAGUGUGCAUGAUGGUGCAGACACUGCUUGGUGACCCCACACCCCCCCUUCUUGGACUCAUGGUGCCAUGUCAGAGCGCCCUGGAGUCCAUCCAGAGUGUCCAGACAGCCCAGGCCCCUCACUGGACAAGCCUCCAGCAAAAUGUGGCACCAGUUCUGGGUCCCAGCACCUGCUUUCCUGAAGGGAGGUCUCUGCCUCUACUUGCUGAGAGCCCCGCGUAUGAAGCAGCAGAAGCUGCCCUGAGCCCUCUCCAGGGUGAACUCUGUCUCCGUCCUACACCCCCGAUCUGCACAGAGGUCGCCUUGGCUGUGCCAGGUGCUGCUCUGGCCUUACCUCCUGGAGUGCUCCUUCAGGAAGACUCAGCCUUGAGGGAGGAAACCGAAGCCUGGGCCAGGCUACACAAGUCUCUGUUCCAGGAUGAGAGUCUUGUCGCCCUGGGGAAGAUUCUGUGUCUCUUAGGUGGGAUCCUGGAUGGGCAGGUAAGAAAUGGCAUAGCUGCCACAGCCGCCCUUGCCACAGCAGCAACUGUAGAAGUGAUCGUUCAGCGAUGCCUGUCCCAUGGAGCUCAGAGGCUGCUCUGUGUGGCCCUGGGACAGCUGGAUCGACCCCUGGACCUUGCAGAUGAUGGGAGAGUUCUAUGGCUGAAUAUCCGGGGCAAGGAGGCAGCCGUGGAGUCCGUGUUCCACAUCUCCACACCACUGCCACAGACGACUGGGGGGUUUCUGAGCUGCAUCUUGGGUCUGGUUCUGCCCCUGGCUUAUGGCUUCCAGCCUGACGUGGUGUUGAUGGCACUGGGGCCUGCCCAUGGCCUGCAGAACGCCCAAGCUGCUCUCUUGGCUUCAGUGCUUCGGGGCCCAGCAGGGAGCCGAAUUCUAGCAGUAGUGGAAGAGGAAUCCAUACUCCAGCUUGCAAGGACCCUGGCACAGGUACUGCAUGGAGAAGCACCUCCCAGUCUGGGCCCUUUCUUGAUGGCCUCUCCAGAGGAGAUCCGGGCCCUUAGGUUACUAAAAGUUCAGCUGGAACCUCGGUGGAAGUUGCUGCAGGUGGCUGCUCCUCCACCAGGUCCGUGCUCUCCAAUCGCUUGAAAUCGGUCAAGGCGGACGAUUCCUAUCCGGAGAAGAGCACAUUCAGGUCCUAGCGAACCCUGGCCGGAGACCUACGUCCCAUCAGCGGCCCGGGCAUCCUACCUCUAUUAUAAUAAAUAUCGUUUCUAAAGAGUGCACAACACUGCUUCCCUUACUGAGUCUGUUUCACCAAGUAUCUGACGUUAGCUUCUAGUAUCGA